AUGGCAACUCUUCUACCUCCUCCAAAGCGGCAGAGAUCGGCAUACUCCAAGUCCAUCAAGCCUGACCCUGUUCCGGAGGCUGUGGAGAUACCUAGCAUCGUAGUCCAAUUCAAGAAUGCAGAAGAUGGCAGUAGCUUUGGACCGGCCGUCAAUCUUCCGGCAGAUACAAGUAGAGAUGCCUUGCAGAUGCUGGUCAACAAGCUCAGAGGAGAGACAGAAGAUCCCCUACCUUAUUCUUUCCACAUUCUCGGCAAACCCAAGAAUGAUGCUGCAUCCACUCGAGUGCAGAUUUCCUCUUCCAUCUUUUCUGAUGCCAUCGCUCCGCCUGCCUCUACCUCUACGGCUCCAACGUUCUCUCCGGAAGACAUCUUCGAGCUCUGGUGCGAACCUCAAGCUGUAUUCCGGGUCAGAAGCGUUGGCCGCUGCAGUGCGACCCUGACAGGUCAUGCCUCACCGAUUUUAUGCUGCGCGCACUCGCCUACUGGUCGUUAUGCUGCGACUGGGUCCGGUGAUGCCACCUGCAGGAUCUGGGACAUGGAGACCGAAACCCCAAAGUGGAAUCUGACUGGGCACAAAGGCUGGGUACUCUGUGUAGAAUGGGAUGCGCAGGAAAAGAUGGUGGCCACGGGAGGUCACGAUGGACAGGUCCGGCUAUGGGAUCUCAAGACCGGACAGGCUGUUGGGCAACCUUUGCUAGGCCACACAAAAUGGAUCACAUCCCUUGCAUUUGAGCCUCUACACCUGACCAAGGGCUCGAGCCAAAGGCUAGCCUCCGCGUCGAAAGAUGGGACGAUACGUGUCUACAAUACCUCUACCCGAAAGCUCGACUUCGUGCUCUCGGGUCACGGCGGUAGUGUCAAUGUCGUUCGAUGGGGCGGGGAAGGUGUCAUCUACACCGGGAGCAGUGACAGGACGGUCAAAGUGUGGAGCGGGGUGGAUGGCAAACUCAUUCGAACACUCUCCGAUCAUGCCCACUGGGUCAACACGAUGGCUUUGAGCACCGACUUUGUUUUGCGUACUGGACCAUUCGAUCACACUGGAAAGCAGCCCAGCUCAGAGGAGAAUGCCAAAGAACUCGCGCUCAAGCGUUACAAAGAGUUCCUGAGGGCCUCGUCCGAGAUUUUGAUCACCGGGUCGGAUGAUCAUACCCUCUUCCUAUGGCCAGACCAAGCUUCCUCUUCUCUCAACGCCAAUGCUACCCCCAAGAAACCAUUGGCUCGCCUUACCGGACAUCAGAAGCAGGUCAAUCACGUUGCAUUCUCUCCUGAUGGCCGGAUCAUCGCUAGUGCAGGCUUUGACAACGCUGUCAAGCUGUGGGAGGGAAAGACUGGAAAAUUCAUUGCCAAUCUUCGAGGACACGUUGCGGCAGUGUAUCGAGUUGCCUGGUCUGCAGACUCGAGGAUGCUGGUCAGUGCGAGCAAGGAUUCCACUCUGAAGCUCUGGGAUCUCAAGAAGUACAAGAUCCGGCUAGACCUGCCUGGUCAUACAGAUGAGGUGUAUUGCGUGGACUUUGUGGCGGACAAGGUGGUCAGCGGUGGAAGAGACAGAACAGUGAAAAUGUGA